ACUGCAUCAGGUGGGCUUUGCUGGGUGCCUUUCAGCCCUGACCCUGCCAGGGAUGCACUGCCCCAGCCCAGCUCCGUGCAUCGCUACUGCUGUGCACAGAGCCAGUGUGCAGGGGGCACACCUCACAGGCAGAUUUUGGGCAGUGAUUUGCCCUGCUGUGGGUGUUAUCCCGUUUCUUUCAUCUCACGAUGCCUGCUGGCAUCGCUCCCAGUAACCACGACCUUUUUCCUACAAGAGCGAAAGCGAAAAUCGAGUUGCUUUUAAAGGCAAGGAAAGCCAGCAGCCCUGCCUCUGCCUCCCCGCUCUGAUCGAUGUCUCCUGCUGGGCUCUGGAUGUGGAGCUGCAUGUCCUGAGCACACAGACGCUGCUCAGGCACCGGAGGGCUUCCCUGGACUCUCACAUCCUUCAAGGGAAAGAUAAAGAAGAGAUGUAACAGCUGCUAUUUGAUGCCCACACAGGGAGAUAACCCAGGGCAGGGUCUGGUGACCCUGGUUGGAUCACGGAGGUCCACCAGCGCCCGGCAGCCAGAUGGGUUCUGCCUGCGUCCCUUGGCUGUGCCUCCUGCUGCUGGCCCUGCCCACCUCACACGCAGGUAUUGCUGUGCCCAGAGCUAACCUUGCUGAGGAGGCAAAUGGCUCUUCCAUCAUCAAAACCACUGUGACAGUCUACUACUGUAAAAACUAUGGAGGAGAAGAAUGCAAAACAUCUGAUUACACAGGCUUUGAAAUAAUUGGCAAAACAGAAAAUGAGACAUUUUCGAAUGAAAAUAUUAGUCUGGUGACCAGUGAAAUGCACAUUACUAUGUGUUUUCAGCAAGAAAACAUGUGUCGUGAUGGAGCUUAUGUCAUUUUCUGGGAGAAGGCCGGGGGAGUAGGAGAUCCGCGUGGCAUCUUGAAGUGUGAAGCUCCCCUUGAAGAUAGGAGACAUAGCAUCAUAGAGGAGGGGAAAAUCUGCUGUGAGACAGAGACCGAUCAUGCAAACCCUCACAGUGUCCUGAAGUGCUACAUUGGAAGGACAGAUGAGAAAAAUACAAACACAAUGGAUGGCAUCAAUUAUUAUGGGGAUCUGGGUAAUCAUCAAUAUUUAGUCGGUGAAAACAACCAAACCGGCCUCACUGCCACACUCCUCGUUGUCGGGAUCUGUGCAGGAGCAGCAGCACUGCUGUCCAUGUAUUGUUAUUACAAGAGGCGGACCCGGAAACAUCAAGGACCUAUCAUAUUGCUCGCUCAGACUCAUCCAGUGAGUGGAGAGAAAUAGCUGUCUUGAAGGUGAUCUGUCUUACCUGUGACGGUGCCUGUUUCUCUGACUACAAGGGCAGCCAAUGAUAACAAGCUGAGACUGUUGAAUAUCUGCAGAUAGAUAAAACACAAGUUGAUCUGUGAAAAAUGUGAGUUACACAAGUGCUUGCAAAACUUAGUAAGGAUAGUGCAAUGCUGGUAUCACUGUAGUCAUGUUACUAAGACAUAGAAAUAAACAUACUGCUGGGAUAUGCAAAAAAUAUACACCUAGGGGCUCUCUUGAGGUCCUGCUGUCUGGUGUUACGCUCACUUAUGAUUCUCACUGAAAUCAACCUGCGCCUUUGGCCUCACAGAUAUUUUUCCUUCAAUUCUUACCUGCUAGAUUAAUCAAACAAGUUUCUGAAAGCAAAAACCUCACAGCUAUUUGAAAUACCAUCUACGAAAGAGAAAAGCUGGGCCUUUAGGCCAGCAGCAAACCCCUCAGCAAUGAAGCACAGCCAUCAACUGAAGAAACACUUGUCAUUUUCGUAAAUGUGCUUCCAUCACUCCCAAGCAUUCCUUGAGGACUGAGAUUGCCAAAGAUGUCCAGCGCCAGGUCUUCACCAGCAAUGCCAGAAGAUUGCUGGAGCUCCUGUCCUCUCCUGGUGCUUGGCUGAGGGCCACCAUCAUCACAAAACCAGUGGCUGGCUCAGCAGCACAGGCCUAGAGCAGCCCACUCCUCUCGGUGGACGAACUGACAGAAUCAACCACUCAAACCAAAGUUCUUCGGAGAACUGCAUCUGUACUCAGGAGAAGUGUGUGUCGAACCCUGCGACAGACGUUCUAUAUAAGUUUUCCAUGUCACAGUGCAGUAGCAUGGCUGUGGUUCUUCAUCCUUUAGCUCCCAGGUGGUCUCUGCAUUUACACAGGAAGGCAUUUAGUGAGGUGACUGAUUUGUUUAGGGAAAGAGGCUUGGCCUUCAAAGCAGAUGUCCAAAACCUAAAUUGAAAAGUUAAUUGUGUAUGACAACAAAAUAUAUGUUAAUAAUUAAAUUUAGAAAUACAGAAAAGUCUUUGUUCUUCUAUUUCACUCUUAUUUGACAGAACAGUCUAGUACUUCCCACAACCCCAGCCAUAGCAGUGGGGGCUUUACCUUCCUGCUGACCUAAAGUAAUCUUAACUCAGCUCUCUAAUGUGGUCUUCUAAUGGAAAAAAAAAUGUCUGCAUAUAUAUAUCUUCAUGUUCUUAUGUACAGUGUUCAAAUUGAUGGUUGAUGCUGUGCUUUUUUUUUGGAGACUCUCUUUUUUGUAUACCCUCAGGUUCUGCAUUCUUUGGGAAAGGGACAAGAAGACAUUUGAGAACUUACGUUGUAUAAACUUGAGCGAUUCAGAUUUGAUAAUGAGCAGAUUUAAUUUCUAAUCUUUAACACUAGUUGGAGCCAGAGAGCGGGUCAAGUCUCGAGAAUCAAGGUUACCUGCACGAUUCUGCCCAGUGGCAAUUGUUCAGCUGUCACGAGAUGCCAUCACAAGCUGGUCUUUGUGGCUCACCCAGGCACCUUCCUUUCCAUUUCUUCUGCCUUUCUGCUAGCUAUUAUGCAGCUGUGAUACUGAGAGGUGUCACUACCAGUUUUGUGGCUCCUGGGCUCUUUUUUCCUGGUAACACCAAUUAUCCAAUGUGUUGGAAAAAAAUAGCUUUAAUGAUCUAUGCUUCUUGCUCUGAGCAAAUGAUUUAUGCUGCUUUAUGUGAGCUUUUACAAAUCAACAUAUGCAUGCAAAUAUACAUUUCUUAAAUAAAGAUUGAUUGAAGAUAC